AUGGUCAACCACUUCAAUAAGGUCACGUAUUCGGUGGACUACCUUCAUCGGCUGUUUGGACAUGUCAAUAUCAAAAGUAUUAAGGACAGUACUAAAGACAGAUCCAUAGCUGGUAUCGAGGUCGAUGAAGUCAACUGGACCAAUCUUGCAAAGUUCCAGUCCGAGGUAUGUAUGGCGGGGAAAUCUACCAAGGGUAGACAUUUAAUGAAUUCUCGAUUGAAAUAUCAGAAGGAGUACAAACCAUUCCAAUUCAUUCAUACAGAUCUUUUCGGUCCGGUACAAGUUACGGCUGUUAAUGUACCAAGAUAUCUUCUCGCAUUCACUGACGAAUGCACUAGAUACAAAUGGGUUUUUCCUCUAAGAGAGAAAGAUUCACAAAGUAUUACUGCACGGUUCUCCGAGCUAGUACGGUUUAUUGAGACACAACUGGAAACAAAGGUUCUAUGCUUCCAGAUGGACCAAGGAACUGAGUUCACCAACAAAACAAUCACACAAUUCUUCCACGACAAUGGAAUUAUUACUCGUUUCACUACAGUAGGUGACUCAAGAAGUAAUGGGGUGGCCGAAAGGACUAAUCUGCUCUUACUUAACGACUGCCGAACAUUACUCACUUCCGUCAAACUCCCUGAUGAUUUAUGGUUUUAUGCUGUUAAAUUCGCCACUUUAAUGCGAAAUUCAAUAGUAACCACAAGCACAAAGGAGUCACCAAGAGCAAAAGCCGGUCUGACAGGACUUGAUAUUAGCACAGUCCUACCAUUCGGACAACCAGUAAUCGUGAACAAACCCAAAACAUCCAGCAAGCUACACAGCAGAGGUUGGAAAGGAUACGCUCUGUGCCCAUCAUCAGUAUCGUUCGGAUACCUCAUCUACGUGCCCGGGGCACCUCAAGAUAUAAUUGACACCCGCCACUACCGAGCUAUCCGUGAUGGAGUGGAACCUAAAGAGACAAUUAUAGACUCUGUUAUCGAUCACGCUGAAGAGCGAGAUGUCAACGACAGAUCUGACCAUGACAUCCCUAAAGAACCAUCUCCAUUACCUAACUUGAAUUUCGAUCCUAAGAUGAUCCCCUCACAGAAUGAAAAGUUGGGUGGUACCAACAUACAGGUUGUUACCAAACCUAAACCCACUUUUAACAUGGACCCUUCACUUUUGAAGAUAAUCCAAUCGGGUGGUACCACAGGAGCAAGAGCCGGUUCCACAUUACCACAAGGUGAUGAGUCCGAGCAAAAUAAAGUCUCCGAUCCAUUACCAACCGUGUCGGAUCAGCCCGAUCCGACAGAGAAAUCUCAUUCGGGUGGUACUAGUGCGCUUAAACUACCACCUUUGAUGAUCACCAAGAAAAAAGUAUCAAACGUGCCGAUUUUAAAACCACCAGUCAAACAGAUGGUCAGUACUCCUCCCAAGCUAAUAACAAUAGCCACGGACGACGAGAACUCCGUUGAGGAACAGAAUCAAUCUGAACCUACAUCUGAGUCUGAGUGGUAUCCAUCUGAUCCCGUUUCGGGGGGCACCAAUAAUUCUGAAGAAGACGAGGCAAGUUCUUCAGAGGAAUCCUCUCCUGCAGACGCACCUGCGAAUAACAUGAAGAGGAAAAGAGACGACUCUGGAGAAAUCGAAGACCAGGAUGGAACCACGAGUCAAGAAUCGCCGCCGUCCUCAAAGCAGCGCAUCCAUUAUGCCCAAGUAACCAAGAAUCACAGCGAAACUCAUGCGGAAAGACCAUCCCUAAGCUACAAAGAAGCUAUCACCUACAACAGUAAUGCUGAGGGGAAAGAAAAGUUGAUCGCUGGGUAUGAAAAGGAGAUCAACCAGCUGAUUAAAAUGAUAGCUUUCUUGUAA